GCAGCAACAGGCCAGGGAUGGAGUGAUUCACUGUAUGUAGAGAGAGAGAGAGAGGGAGACAGAAAGAGAGAGAGAGAGAGAGAGGAGUUUUACACCUCUGCACUGUUUCCUUUCUCAUCUGUUUUUCUGUCGUCGCCGUCUUGAUCUGAUUUGUGGCGUCUGUUCUCCUCCCUGUCCCUCCGUCUUCUUCCUCUACUCGUUCAUUGUUUCUGGGAUGGACCUCAAGGUUGUGGUGACCUUGUCAACUCUUUUACUCAUCGCUGCAGGUAAAACAUCUUUUGAGCCAAACAUGACUGUGUCUACCUCCCUCUACAAGGCCAGCACACCUAGCCCCACCUCCCUCAGCCCUUCAGCAGCCACCCCUAACCCAGACUCUAACACAAGCAUCCCUGCGGCUGCCCUGGGCCUCCUCACAGUCACAUGGCACGGGACAUGUAAAGGAGAUGUAAACCUGAGCCUCAUCCAUCGCUCCAUCUCCUCCAUCUCCUCCCUGCCCGUCUGUCACGCCAGUGGAACACACAUCCGGAGUCUUUUGAGUAAUGUUUGUAAGAACCAAAGAGGCUGCGCAGACCCGCUGCACUUGCCUGAAGGCCGAGGCACGCCGAAAGGUUAUAACAUCACAGCGAGGGGCGCAGAAGAGCACAACGGCUGUCUCACACUGAAGGUCCAAUGCAAAGAUGUAGAUGUAGAUGUAGGCCAGGGACAGCUCCGGGCCUACAAAGUGGUAACAGCUUUGCUCUGCUGCGUCUUGCUGCUUCUGAUGCUGAUACGCUUCACCAGACCCACCGUCAAAGCCCUGCAGAAGAGAUUUUCAGAGAAGAGGCAGAAUCGCUGGGUCGGACCUACACAGAGUCACAGUGUGUCUUACCAUCGAGGAAAAACUGCAGUUAAAAGCAUUGAUGCAGAGAAGAGACUGUCCUACCCUGCUCUGGAGCGACUGGCCGUCAGUGACAGCAGAGAGCCUUCAUCCAACAGGAACAGUGAUUAUAACCUCUGAAACGCCUGCUCCUCCUGCAUCAUCCUCAUCAUCAUCAUCAUCACCACCAUCUUUAAAAUGGGUCAAACACAUGUGCUAAUUUAACAGCACCUCUGUUUGUCCAGAUAGAACUUAUCAAGAACUUAUUCAGGGUGAUAUAAAACUGAUCGUUCACCUCUUGCUAUAUCAGCUUUUUAUGCAUCACGUACUAAAACUUCAGCUAUAUCAGUCAGUAGUUACACCGUCAAUGUAUAGUUUUGAUAUCUAAACUCAACUUUUUCAGCCCUGAAACCGUAAAGUAGCGCAGAACAAAUCAUGUCAAGCUGACUGAAGUAAUACUAAGAUGUGAUAAUUUAACAGACCCUUUAAAGUAAAACCACUUAUCAGCCACCAUUACAGUACAUUGUACUCGUAGAUUCUGCUUUUAGCGGUUAGCAUUGGAGCUACUUGUUGAAUGACAGCUGGGCGAAGUGGUUGGCCAAAAAUCUGUAUAACGUAGUAUUAAGAGAGACAACGGUAGAGAGUAGUAGACCAAAAUGUCGCUGAAACGUCCAUCUUUUGACCCCACUCACGAUCUUCUCCUAACCAUAACUGUCUCGUACGUCCCCACCCAGAGCGUCAAAAACAGAUACCAUGCGUCCCGACCCAGCGCGACUUAAUGAGACGCCAAAACAGCUAGACGCUAGUCCCGAGAGCGUCAAAUAGUAACGCCAAGAGUCCCAA